GGCACAUGUACAUGUACAUGCGCUUCGUACCUCGUAACCCGUACCUUGGACAAAGCUCCAGGUCCUCGUAUCGCUGACUCUCCUCUCACGAGAAGUUGAGCUUCCCCCUCCAUCCAUUCGACAAAAGCAUCUCAAAAUCUCUCGACGGCCCUCGACGACCCUCGACGACGCUCGCUCGUUGACUUCCGCAGCUUUGCGGCAACAGACGCUCGUUUUUUCUUUCUUCUCUCGCUUUUUCCCGCAGCCGCCAUGACAAUCCGCAUCCUCGUCAACGCGGCGCUGCUGGCCAUCCCCAUCGCCGUCACUUUGGGCAUCUUGUUCGGCCUCCAAUCGCACCGAGCAGCAACCGGCCAGCCGCCUCUGUUUGCGCCUGAGCCUCCCCCGAUUCCCUCUCCCAAGCCGCCGGCACCACCAAAGAAUGGUGUCACCAAAACGAGAUACUGCCAGAAAUCGUUUGGAAUUACGCCUGAUACAGAGGGCCAGCAAUAUACCUUGAAUCCUAAUCAAUGGAACUGGAACCCGGGUGACCCGGGAGCGCUUUGUGUUAAUGUCACCACGUUUAACAACGGCACAUAUGCCACAAAGACCACGGCUCCCCAGUUUAUGAUUUCUUGGCAGUACCCCCCUGGACCGGAGGAUAACCCAGUUCACGCUUUCCCCAACAUCCAGGUCGACAGCGAUGUAUUCCCUGCGGCCAUUAGCAGUAUCUCCAAGGUCGACGUAGACCUCGCAUGGUCCUACGGUAUUGGUAACGAGACUACUGUUGCCGCGAGUCUCGCCGAUCUCACAGCCGAUAAUCUCAACACCAACGUUGCCAUCGACAUGUUCAUCGACAGCGACAAGACGGCUGCCCAAAACCCUUCAAAGGCCAAGUACGAACUCAUGGUUUGGUUUGCUGCCAUUGGCCCUGCUACUCAGCCCAUCGGCUUUGCCACAGGUCCUGUUUCCACUCAGACGCUUGACGGCAACGAUUUCAAUCUUUACGCUGGUACUAACCAACAGAAGCAAAACGUCCUGACAUGGUACACGAACACGCCGGUGGAAAAGUUCAACGGAGACAUUUCUCCUCUUAUCAACAGCCUGUUUAAGCUCACCUCUACCACUACCGAGCUUCCAAAGUCUGGCGACUACCUAGGAUACCUGGCUCUGGGCUCUGAGGCCUUUUCCGUGGACAAAACAGUCACCCUCUACGUGCCAAAACUAUCGAUAGAUAUAGAAACAGCUACCUCAAGUAGCACCUAAUAAUACAGCGACCUGAUUUUUUUUUUCUCUUUCACUGUAUCUCGCCAAGGACCCUGCUCGAUCAUUACCUCAUUUGACCUGCCGACACGAUCUAAUUGGGAUAUAUA